AUGGCAGCAAAUGAUCCCGGCCUGGCCCAAAUGGGCGCCCCGGGCGACGACCCGACCAAAGGCGCCGCCAUCGAAGACUCCAAAGACGGCAGCAUCGUCGAAGCCGAACGCUCCGUCGCCCCGGACCAGUUCGACGAGCGCUUCCAGACGGGCAAGUACGAGAUCUGGGCCUACUACAGCUACUACAUCGGCAACAACGGCCUGACGCUGUUCAACUUCGCGCCGACGGCGGCGCAGAACCUGGUCUACCAGCGGGCCGUGGUGGUGGGAGGGGAGAAUAAUGAUCGCUUGCGGUUUGCGGGGGGGAACAGGACGAUCAACAGUAUUAUCCUGCUGUGUAACGGAAUAAGCUUCGCGAUACAGAUUGUGGUGUUCUUGGUCCUGGGGUCGUACGCGGAUUUCGGGACGUUCAGGCCGAAUAUCUUGAUCGUGCUGUCGUUGAUUGCGUGGGGGCUGGGGUUUGGAUGGCUUGGGGUCCAUCACCAAGAGCAAUGGAAGACGGGGCUGGGACUCUAUAUUAUUGGGUUGAUUGCGUAUCAGCUCUGCUUGACGUACUGGACGGCGGCUUUCCCGGGGCUGGCUCGUAAUACGGCUGAGCUGAGGGAUAAGGCGAGGCAGUUUGAAGAGGGCGAGAUCUCAAGGGAUGAAUAUGAUUUUGCGGAUAUGAUGAAGAGGAACGAGCUGAGCAAUACGGCCUUCUACGUCCAAAGCAUGGGCGAGAUUGUGAUAUUGGCAGUCAUCGUUGGGAUAAUGUUCGGCGUCAACGUCAACGCCUCCACCGCCAACAACAACUGGGGCCUCUCCGUCCUCAUCGCCUUCGCCAGCGGCGUCUGGCUCCUCCUCGCCAUCCCCUGGUUCAUCCUCGAGAAACGCCGUCCCGGCCAGGACCCCGGGAUGAACAUCGUCAUCGCCGGCUUCUGGCAGCUCUACCGCGCCGUCACGCAGAUCUGGCAGCUCAAGCAGUCGCUCGCGUACCUGAUCGGUUAUUUCCUGCUCGGGGACUCGCUGAACACGACGGUGACGGUGAUUGCCACGCUGCAGAAUGAGAUUGUGGCGUAUAACACGCUGCAGCUUACGUAUCUUCUGAUUGUCGGUAUUGUCGCGCAGGCGGUGGGGAUCUUUACGUAUUGGAAUUUGCAGAAGAGGUUUCGACUGUCGACGAAGACGAUGUUUAAUGUGGUUGCGGUGGGGAUUAUUGCAUUGGAUGGGUGGGGCAUGAUUGGGAUUUGGACGGAUAAGUUUGGGUUCCACAACAAGUGGGAGGUAUGGCUCUACCAAGCCUUCUACGGCCUCUUCGUCUGCCCGUGGUACAGCUACUCGCAAACCAUGAUCUCCGAAGUCACGCCCCGCGGGAAAGAAUUCCUCUUCUUCUCCCUCUUCAGCAUAGUGGGCAAGACGUCCUCCUUCAUCGGCCCGCUGGUCUCUUCGGCCAUCAUCGACGCGGCGGGCGAUGCGAACAACGCCAACUCGACCCCGUUUUACUUUUUGUUCGCGCUGAGUCUGGUGAGCUUUGGGUUUUUGCUGUUUUUUGUGGAUGUCAAGAAGAGUCGGGUGGAGCAGAGGGAGUUUUUGGAGAGGGAGAGGAGGGCGAAGGAGAAGAUUGGGGGUGGGGGGAGUGAGGUGUCUUGA